AAAUUAUGCAGCAGGAAGUGAGGCCGUUGGUGGCAGCGGACAUAAUAGAGCAGCUUCACAGACAGUUUGCCAUUCUUUCAGGAGGCCGAGGUAAGGAUGGCGCCCCCAUCAUCACUUUUCCAGAGUUUGUGGGCUUCACACGCAUCCCUGAGGAGGACUUCCUGAACGUGCUCACCUACCUGACGAGCAUCCCCAGUGUGGAGGCUGCCAGUGUCGGAUUUGUCAUUGUCAUCGACAGGCGGCGGGACAAGUGGAGCUCUAUAAAGGCAUCCUUGAUGCGAAUAGCUGUGGCAUUUCCGGGAAACCUGCAGCUCAUCUUCAUCCUCCGCCCAACCCACUUCCUCCAGAGGACAUUCAUGGACCUCGGCAUCAAGUACUAUCGAGAUGAAUUCCGAAUGAAGGUGCCGAUCAUCAUGUUAAACUCCGUCUCCGACCUGCACAGCUACAUCGACAAAAGCCAGCUGACUCAGGAGCUAGGGGGAACUUUGGAGUAUCGCCACAGCCAGUGGCUCAGUCAUCGCACUGCCAUAGAAAAUUUUGCCCUGACGUUGAAGACCACUGCGCAGAUGCUGCAGACGUUCGGGACCUGCCUGGCCACGGCAGAGCUGCCCAAAGGCAUGCUGCCCACCGAAGAUCUUCUUAUGUCACACACCCAGCAGCAGGACAAGGUGCAGGAUGAGCUGAAAUUACUUGGAGAGCAAGGGGCCACAUUACUGUCAUGUGUCCAAGACCCAGCAACAAAAAGUUUCACCAGCAAACUCAAUCCCAGUGAACUUGAGAAUAUAGCUACCAUGGAAAGGUUAUUGGUUCAAUUGGGUGAAACAGAAAAAGCCUUCAAUGAGUUUUGGUUUGAGCAUCACCUCAAGCUUAACCAAUGCCUACAGCUACAGCGCUUUGAGCACAAUUUUUGUAAGGUGAAGCUCACCUUGGACCAUCUGCUGGAAGAGCAAGCAGAGUUGACAGCCAUCGGAGACAGCGUGGUACACGUGGAGCAGCUUCUUAAGGAGCACAGACAGCUGGAGGACAAAGGCCAGGCCAAGGCCCAGAAAGUCCUGCAGAAGCUUGCUGAUGUGCAGGAAAUAUUUCACAAGAGAAAAGAGAGCCUCAUGAAGCUGGCAGCCAAGCAGACCCGCCCGGUGCAGCCUGUAGCCCCCCAUCCUGAGUCCUCCCCGAAAUGGGUGUCACCAAGGCCCAGCCAGCCCUCUGUUUUCGCCGCUCCGCAAAGAUCGGCUGAGGAACCUGCUCUGGAGACAGAUGUGGCCGCCCCAGAAAAGGAAGAUGAUGAGAUGAAACUUGAAGUGAAGAAUGAAGAAACACUUGAAAGGAAUCAGAGCAACAGGGGAAGCUCUGAGGGACAGCAGCUGGCGGGAGAAGACCUGUCCCUGUCCCCCAGCAGGCGCCUGCUACGUGAUUUGCUCGAGACGGAAGAGACCUAUAUAAAGGAAAUGAAGGGCAUCAUUGAUGGCUACAUCACUCCAAUGGAUUUUAUUUGGCUAAAGCAUCUGAUUCCAGAUAUUUUGCAGAACAACAAGGACUUUCUUUUUGGGAACAUUCAGGAGCUUUACGAAUUUCACAACAGGACUUUUCUAAAAGACUUGGAAAAGUGUGCAGAAAACCCUAAACUUCUGGCAUGUUGUUUUCUCAACAGAAAAGAAGACCUCCAGAUGUAUUUUAAAUACCAUAAGAACCUGCCGCGUGCACGGGCGGUCUGGCAAGAGUGUCAGGACUGCGCUUACUUUGGGGUGUGCCAGCGCCAACUGGACCACAGCCUCCCUCUUUUUAAGUAUCUUAAAGGACCAAGCCAGAGACUGAGAAAAUAUCAGACGCUACUGAAGGGUCUGCUGGAUCUGGAGUCUCCUGAAGAUGUGGAGGUCGACCCAGAAGAAAGCCCGACUGAGGACAUGCCAAAGAAGACCGAGGACUCUGGCCCCUCCUCCAGACUCCACCAAGCUCUGGCAGUGAUUGAGGACCUGAUCAAGUCUUGUGAGUUGGCUGCAGACCUCGCCACUGUAUCUGGAUGUCCGGAUGAUAUCGAAAAGCUGGGCAAGCUGGUGAUGGACGGGCCAUUCAGCGUCUGGACCAUUCACAAGGAGCGCCACAAAGUGAAGGAUCUGAUUAGGUUUAAGCCCAGCCAAAGGCAGAUCUACCUGUUUGAACGGGGCAUUGUGUUCUGUAAGAUUCGAAUGGAGCCUGGUGACCGAGGCUUGUCACCUCACUACAGCUUUAAGAAGGCUCUGAAGUUGGUGACACUUUCAAUUCACCAGCUUGGAAGAGGGAGCAAUAAGAAGUUUGAAAUUGCCCCCCGAAAUGGACUGGAAAAAUAUAUCCUGCAGGCACCUUCAAAAGAAAUCAGAGAUUGUUGGUUUACAGAAAUAAGUAAAUUAUUGGUGGAACAACAACACGAGGUGAAAGGUAGCUGCAGCUCUGAGGCCAUCCCCGCCGCAGCCCAGGAAGGCAGUGACCAUGCAGAAGACCUGGAAAGGGACAGCAGCGCACUAAGUCUCUCCGGACUCUUCCAGUUGGACGACAGCUCUGAAAUGGGUUGCUCCAGAGCUGCGCUCCUGGACGCAGGAAGAGAAAGCUCGGAGGGGGAAAAGGAACGCGAUGAGGAUGAAAGGGCACUGAGCAGCGCAGAGGAGGAGCACACGGGUAGCCAGCCACCUGCAGUGCCGGCGAGGGCUGAGGGUCCCUGCGUCCCUUCUCCAAAGAACUGACCCUGGUCACAACAAUCGCUCCAGGCUGGCCAGGCCUCCACACCAUCUUCCUCCUAGGGAGAGAGAGGCUGCAGUGGCACCGCAAUUGCGCUCUCAUUCCUCCAGGGAAAGGCGGCCCACAACCCAGCCGCAGGUGGGCAGCCCUAGGUGGGGAACCAGGGAGCUCCCAGGACCUGCCCAGAGACUUGGGACUCCUGACUUUGGGGGUCGGAUACGUCCCUGUGGGGGCUGCACCCUGGGAAAUCAGAGUGGUGACAUCCCUGGCUUCUACCCAUGCGAUAGCGACACGCCAUGCCAUGCCACCUGCCCACCCCAGAAUGUGACGAUCAAACCAUGCCUUCACCAUUGCCAAAGCCCCCUGCUUGGGGCUGGCACCCCCUAGGCCGGGAGAGCCGUUGGGUGUGGCUGCUCCUCCCCACCUGAGACAGCGCCCAUGCGCUCAUGCG